AGCCGUCCUCCCGGGCUGUCGGCGCCGCUGCCCCGGGGUCCGGUAGAGCACGGCCGGAGGGACCGCCGCGGGGGCCAUGACCGUGGAGCAGAAUGUGCUGCAGCAGAGCACGGCGCAGAAGCACCAGCAGACAUUUUUGAAUCAACUGAGAGAAAUAACUGGGAUUAAUGAUACCCAGAUACUGCAGCAAGCCCUGAAGGACAGUAAUGGAAACUUGGAGUUAGCAGUGGCUUUCCUCACUGCCAAGAAUGCCAAGACCCCCCCACAGGAGGAGACGUCCUAUUACCAGACGACACUUCCGGGCAAUGAGAGAUACAUCAGUGUAGGAAGCCAAGCGGAUGCAAAUGUGAUCGAUCUCACCGGGGAUGACAAAGAUGAUCUUCAGAGAGCGAUUGCCCUGAGUUUGGCAGAAUCAAACCGGACAUUCAGGGAGACUGGAGUAACGGAUGAGGAGCAAGCCAUCAGCAGAGUUCUUGAAGCCAGUAUAGCAGAGAAUAAAGCAUGCUUGAAGAGAACACCUACAGAAGUUUGGAGGGAUUCCCGAAACCCUUAUGACAGAAAAAGACAAGACAAAGCUCCAGUUGGGCUGAAGAAUGUUGGCAACACAUGCUGGUUUAGCGCUGUGAUCCAGUCAUUAUUCAAUCUUUUGGAAUUUAGAAGAUUAGUUCUGAAUUACAAGCCUCCAUCAAAUGCUCAAGAUUUACCCCGAAACCAAAAGGAACAUCGGAAUUUGCCUUUUAUGCGGGAACUGAGGUAUCUCUUUGCACUUCUUGUUGGUACCAAGAGGAAAUAUGUUGAUCCAUCUAGAGCAGUUGAGAUUCUGAAGGACGCCUUCAAAUCAAAUGACUCACAGCAGCAAGAUGUGAGUGAGUUUACACACAAGUUAUUAGAUUGGUUAGAAGAUGCCUUUCAAAUGAAAGCUGAAGAGGAAACGGAUGAAGAGAAGCCAAAGAACCCUAUGGUGGAGUUGUUCUAUGGAAGAUUCCUAGCUGUGGGAGUGCUUGAAGGAAAAAAAUUUGAAAACACUGAAAUGUUUGGUCAGUAUCCACUUCAGGUCAACGGGUUCAAAGACCUGCAUGAGUGCCUGGAAGCUGCGAUGAUUGAAGGAGAGAUUGAGUCCUUACAUUCAGAUAAUUCAGGAAAAUCAGGCCAAGAGCAUUGGUUCACAGAGCUGCCGCCUGUCUUAACGUUUGAACUGUCAAGAUUUGAAUUUAACCAGGCAUUGGGAAGACCAGAAAAAAUCCACAACAAAUUAGAAUUCCCUCAGGUUUUAUACCUGGACAGGUAUAUGCACAGAAACAGAGAAAUAACAAGAAUUAAACGUGAAGAGAUCAAAAGACUUAAAGAUUACCUCACAGUAUUACAACAAAGAUUAGAGAGAUAUUUAAGCUAUGGUUCUGGUCCCAAAAGAUUCCCCUUGGUAGAUGUUCUACAGUAUGCAUUGGAAUUUGCCUCGAGUAAACCUGUUUGCACCUCUCCUGUUGAAGAUAUUGAUGCUAGUUCCUCAACUACUGGCUCCAUACCAUCACAGUCUUUACCAAGCACAACAGAGCAGCAGGGAGCCCCUGCUUCAGAACUGCCCAGCUCAUCACCUGCAUCAGGUGCUGCCCUGUCCUUGAGGACAGUGAUACACAAACCCUUCACUCAGUCGCGGAUACCUCCAGAUUUGCCCAUGCAUCCGGCACCCAGACACAUAACAGAAGAGGAACUGUCCGUGCUGGAGAGCUGUUUACAUCGCUGGAGGACCGAAAUAGAAAAUGACACACGAGACCUACAGGAAAGCAUAUCCAGAAUCCAUCGAACCAUUGAACUUAUGUACUCUGACAAAUCCAUGAUCCAAGUCCCUUAUCGGCUCCACGCUGUCCUAGUCCACGAAGGCCAGGCUAACGCCGGGCACUACUGGGCAUACAUUUUUGACCACCGUGAAAGCAGAUGGAUGAAGUACAAUGAUAUUGCUGUGACCAAGUCAUCGUGGGAAGAAUUAGUAAGGGACUCAUUUGGUGGUUACAGAAAUGCCAGUGCAUACUGUUUAAUGUACAUAAACGACAAGGCACAAUUCUUAAUCCAAGAGGAGUUUAAUAAAGAGACUGGGCAGGCCCUUGUUGGAAUAGAAACGUUACCACCAGAUUUGAGAGAUUUCGUUGAGGAAGACAACCAGCGAUUUGAGAAAGAACUAGAAGAAUGGGAUACACAACUCGCCCAAAGAGCUUUGCAAGAGAAGCUUUUAGCUGCUCAAAAACUGAGGGAGGCGGAGUUUUCUGCAGCUACAGCACAAACAGGAGGAUCAGACUAUUUAGAGCAGCCAUCCAGAAGUGACUUCUCAAAGCACUGGAAAGAAGAAACCAUCCGAAUGAUUGCCAAAGCAUCACAUGAGUAUGAAGAUAAAGGUCCUGAGACAGUUUUGCAGUCGAACCCUGAAAAGACCCGCAGCCAACCACCUUGUAAGCAGCAAGUUGCAGAGGUGGAGCUCCCUCGUGUAGGGCGGUGUGUGACUGAGUCAAAGGAGGGAGGGUAUGAUGACGAGAUCAUGAUGACACCCAGUAUGCAAGGUAUUAUCAUGGCGAUAGGUAAAUCCAGGAGUGUGUAUGACAGGUGUGGUCCUGAAGCAGGGUUCUUUAAGGCAAUUAAAUUAGAAUAUUCAAGGCUGGUUAAGUUGGCUCAAGAAGAUACCCCCCCAGAAACAGAUUACCGUUUACAUCAUGUCCUGGUCUACUUUAUCCAGAACCAGGCUCCCAAGAAGAUCAUUGAGAAAACAUUGCUCGAACAAUUUGGAGAUAGAAAUUUGAGUGUUGAUGAAAGGUGUCACAACAUAAUGAAAGUUGCCCAAGCCAAACUGGAAAUGAUCAAACCUGAAGAAGUCAACUUGGAGGAAUAUGAGGAGUGGCACAAAGAUUAUAAGAAAUUCAGAGAAACAACUAUGUAUCUCAUAAUUGGACUAGAAAAUUUCCAGAGAGAAAGGUAUAUAGACUCCUUGCUGUUCCUUAUCUGUGCUUAUCAGAAUAACAAAGAGCUCUUGUCCAAGGGUCCUUACAGAGGGCAUGAUGGAGAGUUGAUAUCGCAUUACAGAAGGGAGUGUUUACUGAAAUUAAAUGAGCAAGCGGCAGAGAUGUUCGAGUCUGGAGAGAGCCGAGAAGUGAACAAUGGCUUGAUUAUUAUGAAUGAGUUUAUCGUUCCUUUCUUGCCCUUGUUGCUGAUGGAUGAAAUGGAAGAGAAGGAUAUCCUUGCUGUGGAAGACAUGAGGAAUCGAUGGUGUUCCUACUUAGGGCAGGAAAUGGAAUCAAACCUCCAAGAAAAGCUGACGGAUUUUCUGCCCAAGCUGCUUGACUGUUCUACAGAGAUCAAAGGUUUCCAUGAGCCACCAAAGUUACCUCCCUAUUCUGCCCAUGAACUCUGUGAGCGAUUCGCCCGCAUCAUGUUGUCCCUCAGUCGUACUCCCGCUGACGGAAGAUGAACUGCCCACAGGUCCCACACGCUACAGAAGCUCCUUUCUUACCACAGCUUCCUGUCACGGGAUCUGCUUGCUGCUGCUAGAGUUUUUAACUUUUUAUUUUAAUAACUGCAAAGACAAAACGACUAUGCCGACCUUAACCAGACUGCAAACAAUAAAGCCGCGAACCGCAUGGCACUCAGACUUUGUUUUAUCUGGAGCCGAUGUAUAAUUACAAAUCGAUUGAUUUCUUGUGGCAGAACAUUGCUUUUGACACCUCCUAUUGCAGUAUUGCCUCUCAGUUUUCCUUAUCAACAGCUUUCUAUUAGUCUGGAAUCUCCAAGACUAAGCCAUUAAGUGUUCAGCACUGUGUAUGAUAUAUACUAUUUGGUAGCUUGUAAAUGAAAUCAAAGAAUAAAGUUUUAUUUAUGGCUACCUAUGUGUUUGUAAGCAGGCAUAUUGUAUAUUGGUGUGUAUUUUAGAUAUAUAAAUGAAUUUAGUCAUGGGGUUGACAUUGGGUGAUGCAUAGAAUAAUAGCCCUUUUGUUUACUCUAAUGGUACCAUAUUGGAAUUGUACUAUUUAGCACCUCCGUGUGUCUAUAUCAACUAAGUUCUUGGACCUAAAUAUGUUGUAGUCAAUCAAAUUUUCACUGAAAUGAGUGACUGGGUUUUAAGUCGAGCUGCACUGAAACUUUUAACCUUUUCUUAGAUUAAACGUUUGUUCCUUUAUGUAUGUGUAAAUAAUAUAAUAAGAUGAUUAUUUCAAGAGAAACCUGAUAACAGUACUUGAAUAAGGGCUAUUGUGAAAUUUAAAAAGAAAAAUGUGCACAUAUACACACAUACAUGCACAUACAUGUAUUCUUCAUAAUGGAGGGCAAUGUUUUUCAUUAUAUAAUUAUUCUAUUUUUGUAAAUUAUAUACUACUUUAAUUGAAAAUGUCCUCUACUAAUCAAUGCUGUGAUGAAAUUGAUACUGUUCAACUAGGAAAUAUAAGAAUCUUAACUUUUAAUUUGCCUCUUUUUUUUUCAAAAAAGGUGAAAGAUGUAGAAUAUUUUAUAGAUGGAACUACUGUUUUAAGAUCGAUGAAGUGAUAUUGUGAAUGAAAAUCUAGAUUAAUGCUUUAAAGGUAAUCAUGUUACCACCCAUCUAUUUUUGAAUUUAUAAAAAUUCUUUAUAAUUGAUACUUUGUUAGCAUAGUAAAAUAUAUAAAUAUGCUAUGUGUAUAUAUGUUUGUUGUAGCGUCGUCACAAAACCAAUACUUUCUACAAGUGCCUCUCACAAAAGAUCCAAUAGAGCAGUGGUUCUCAACCUUCCUAAUGCUGCGACCCUUUAAUGUGGUUCCUCGUGUUGGGGUGACCCCCCAACACCAUAAAAUUAUUUUGUUGCUACUUCACAACUAUAAUUUUGCUACUG